AUGAAGACUUACAUUGCACUACUAGCUCUCUCUGCCAUUGGAGCAUGUGCUCAUGGCGAAGAAGCGAGCACAGAGAUGGGCCCGGCUGCCUUUCUGUGGCCACCGGAUCGUCUCUGGGGUGCAGCAUAUGACAACAACGCCCCGUGUGGCUCAUCAACCGGGGCCGUGAAUCGAACAAACUUUCCACUGAUCAACGGCAAGCUCGCACUUGUGAUCCAAGACGAGUCAUGGAAUGUGCAGGUUGCAAUCUCUCACAAAAGCAACCCAACUACCAAUGCCGAUUUCGAAGCCUUCGUUGACGGCUCGAGUCUUGCUGAUGUCGACCCAGGACACGAAUGCUACUCCGUCCCCAACCCAUCUGUUGACGUGGAAGAGGGAAUGAACGCUACUUUCCAGAUCAAAUACACUUCGGAUUUCGACACCGACAAAAAUGAAACCUACUACGCAUGCGCAGACGUCACUUACAUUGCGGCUAGCAAGUUCACCUACCAAGUCCCUUGCUUUAAUGUAACAACAGAUGAGUUUGCCGAGGUGACAACCACGGCCGCGGCUGGUUCUACUGCUACUGCCAAGUCGGACACAGCAAAGAACACAAGUACCACGAGCGAGAAGGACUCUGGUCUUUCAGGUGGCGCUAUUGCGGGUAUUGUAAUUGGGUCCGUGGCUGGAUUGGCUAUUGGAUUGGCCUUGCUGUUCUUUUAUAGAAGACUUCUGCAGAAGUAUCGCUUCUUCCGGCAGAAGGCAUCCGCCCGGAAUGUGGAUUGGAAUGAGGAGGCGGCUCAUCAUAAAGUCGAGGAUGAAACUCCAAUUGGGCUUCGCAAGAUUAGGUGA